UUAGUGAUGCUGAAGGAAUGCUGUUUUUCAAAAGGGAGAAGUUACUUCUUGUCAUAAUAGAAAAGCUUUUGGUGCCUUCAGUUCAACAUUGAAUCCUUCAGUGUGCCUGCCUUCCAGCUGGAUGAAAGAAUUGCUUAUAUGAUCCAGUGGAGAGAAAGCAUGCAUGAGUAAAACACAUGCCAGGCAAUUCAGGAAAUGAAAAUAACUACACAACAGUCUCAAAGCUAAGAGAUAUUCAGAGGGUCAGGGAUGGAACCUUGGGCUCCCCAGUGGCCGGCUCGGUCAUGGGGGAGGCCCAUGGCACCACCCAAAGAUCCAGACAGAGGACUUCGGAGUGGACAUCCCCGGCCUCUUCCUAAUCCUCGGCACAAUGGAGAGAGGUUCCAUCAAUGGCAAGACAUCCGAGGGAGUCCACAGCCCCAGCAGGAGCCCAGGGCCGACCACCUGCAGUCACAUUACACAUCCAGGCCUGAGGAGUGGGCUCAGCCUAUGUCUGUGGGGGACUACUAUGAAGGGGGUUAUCCUGGUCACGUGUACUCAAGGCCAGGCUAUGAGGAUGUCUAUCAAAGAUACCAUGCCUCAACACUGCAGGAAGAGUAUGCCUAUGGAAGCUAUUACUACCCAGGACACCUGCAGCAGCUGCAGGAAGAGAGAGUGCCAAGGCAAGGGAGUCCUUAUAUCUGGCAUGAGGAUUAUGGAAAUCAAAAGCACCUCAGUGAACAUCAUGGUGAAAACCAGAAUAGUCCAUUUGGAGCAAAUAAUGAGACUCAGUUUCAAUCUCUUAGCCGGAACCCUUAUAAAGACAGCCCCACUUCCAGCUCUGGACAGGAACAGCCUGGGGACCUGAGGAAUAAGCCAUCUGAACACUCCAACCUUCUCCAGCAGCAUGAGUCUGGCCUUAGCUCCAGCAGCUAUGAGCUCAGUCAGUACAUGGCAGAUGGCCCUGAGCAGAGCAGCUCCAUGGCUUCAUCGGUUUGGCUUCCAAUCCAGGACGGGAACAUCUCAGCAGCCGAGCCCAAGGCACCCUCGAAGUUCUAUGUCCCUCAUGUGUCUGUGAGUUUUGGGCCAGGAGGCCAGCUGGUAUGUGUGUGUCCCAACUCUCCCCUGGAUGGGCAAACAGCCAUCGUUGAACUGCAUAGCAUGGAGGUUAUUCUUAAUGAUUCUGUGGAACAAGAGGAGAUGAGAAGUUUCUCAGGACCCCUGAUCAGGGAAGAUGUGCACAAGGUGGACAUCAUGACCUUUUGUCAGCACAAAGCAGCUCAAAGCCACAAAUCUGAGACCCCACAGAGCAGAGACUCAGCUCUACUGUGGCAACUACUGGUUCUCCUUUGUCGCCAGAACGGGUCCAUGGUGGGGUCUGACAUCUCUGAGCUGCUGAUGCAAGACUGCAAGAAGCUAGAGAAAUACAAGAGGCAGGCCCCGGUGGCCAACCUCAUUAACCUGACUGACGAGGAUUGGCCGGUGAUGAACUCUGGGAACCGCAAUCUGCUCACUGGGGAGAUCCCCCCAACUGUGGAGACACACACUCAGGUUGUGGAGAAGUUCACUAAACUGCUGUACUAUGGAAGGAAGAAGGAGGCCUUGGAAUGGGCUAUGAAGAACCACUUGUGGGGUCAUGCUUUGUUCCUAUCCAGCAAGAUGGACCCAAGGACCUACAACUGGGUCAUGAGUGGUUUCACCACCACACUGGCGCUCAAUGACCCCCUGCAGACCCUUUUCCAGCUCAUGUCUGGGAGGAUUCCACAAGCAGCUACGUGUUGUGGAGACAAGCAGUGGGGAGACUGGAGGCCUCACUUGGCUGUGAUUCUGUCAAAUCAAUCUGGAGACCUGGAUCUGUAUCAGAGAGCCAUUGUCACCAUGGGGGACACAUUGGCUGGGAAGGGGCUCCUGGAGGCUGCUCACUUCUGCUACCUCAUGGCUCACGUGCCCUUUGGCCACUAUACAGUGAAGACAGAUCAUCUGGUCUUGCUGGGCAGUAGCCACAGCCAAGAAUUUUUGAAAUUUGCAACAACGGAGGCCAUACAGAGGACGGAAAUCUUCGAGUACUGCCAGAUGCUGGGCCGCCCUAAAUCCUUCAUCCCUUCUUUCCAGGUAUAUAAGCUCCUUUAUGCAUCCCGUCUGGCAGAUUAUGGCCUGGUGUCCCAGGCCUUGCAUUACUGUGAAGCCAUUGGUGUAGCCGUCCUGAGCCAGGCAGAGAGCAGUCACCCUGUGCUAUUAGUGGAGCUCAUCAAGCUCGCAGACCAACUGAAGCUGUCAGAUCCUCUGGUUUUAGAAAGACACCAUGGGGACAGUGAACUGGAGCCAAAUUGGCUAGUGCAGCUUAGGAAGCUACACAAGGAUCUAGAGCAAAAGGUAGCUGGAGACAUUGGUGAUCCUCAUUCUGCUCACUCAGACGUGUCAGAAGCCAGGAGAACAACCACAGAUACUUUCUACCAGGAUCUUUCAGGACAGCAAGGCUCCUCAGAAGACCCUGGCUACAGCUCAGCCCUGUGGCCAACACCUGAGCAGACGCACCCCACUCAGCCUGUCCCACAGCAGCCAUUUUCCCUCCAGCAGGAUCCUUUCCCAGGGGGAGGCGGUCCAGGGCACCUGGGGACCCCAGUGCCUCUUUAUGCUGUUCCUGAGACUCCCUUCUCAGGGAUCAGCCCUGGUGGUGGCAGUAUGGCAGUAACAGGAGCUCCUGCAGGAAGGGCUUGGGAGGAAACACAGAAGAUACAUCCCACCCCUGGAGACAUCACUGCCUCUCAUGAAAGCUCCCAGGAUCUGAAUCGUCAAAGGGUCAUUCCUGAACCUCAGUUCCAGGCACUGCCAGCCUCCAGAGCACGAAGAUUUUCUGAGAGUUCCACUGUUUCAGCCAAGGAGAAUGAGGAGUCCUCUGAUGAAGCAGACAAAAAGUCUUCCCCAAAUGCUUCACACAGAGAAAAACCAGGAGAUGUGAAAGAGAAUACAAAGAGCUCAGGAUUUGGCUGGUUCAGCUGGUUUCGAGGGAAGCCCACCACCAGUGAGAACCACUCUGGAGACGAAGAUUCAUCACACAGCUCAGACUCAGAGGAGUCUCUGAAAGCACCAUCUACCAACCCGGCCAGUCUGGGCCUGUCAUCCACGCCUCCUCUGGAGUCCCUGCCUCUGCCUGGUGCCCAUGCCGUCUCCAUAGGUGGGGGUGAAGUCCUAGGAUCCGUGUCCAGUGGGGGACCUGCCAAAGGCACUGGGGCUGGAGACUUCUCAGCGCUUGAAAGUGUUUCCUCUGAGCUCUACUCCAGACCUGGCAUUCUGCUUCCUCCACCCACCUUGAAAGGGGCAGUUCCUCUCUAUAACCCAGCUCAGGUCCCACAGCUCUCUCCAGCCACAAGCCUGAGUCGGCCCAACCGCCUGGCUCAGCACCGCUAUCCAACCCAGCCAUGCUGAGAAUGACCACCUGUCCCAGGCUUGUUUUUGAGGAGCACCACUUUCAUGGCACUGUAAUUUUUCUCCUCUUGGCUGUAUUUGGGUCCAACAGAGGGUCGUUCUGGAUGGCUGUCUUUGCUGGUCUCUUAGAAGGCAAGGGGAUGGGACUGCUUGUGAAACAGUUCCGUCUAGACUUCACUUUAGUUCCAAAGGCUAGAGAUGAUUUAAUCAGGUGGAAAAUCUGGCUACCAUGGGCAGAGGGUCACAGCAGCAGCAUGUGAGAUGGUGGCUUGAGACCCUUAGGAGGGUGAAGGCCUUUAGGAUCUCAGGGCUAGAAUUAAGGGCAAUGCCAUCAGGCACAGCUCAGAGUAACAUUCCCGAUUAGCUUUGACUCUUUCUUCAGCUUUACUUAUAGACUAACACAUAGCUCUAGUUAGUAACGUUUUUACUCUGAAACUUGAUUAUUACAGCCCUUCAGUGAUUCCUUCUUCAAUGACAUUUCACCAAUUUUCCUCCUGGUCCUAGUUUUAUGCACAUUCUCUAUGUGGCUCAGAUUAAUUAUCUUUCUCUCACUUUCUUAGCCAGUACUAUUUUUUCACAUUCUGGCAUCUGGCUAUCAAGUUAGACUGCUGUAGGCAUCAUAUUGUCAUGGUAACUACUGCACCUAAUGAUGCAGAUGGAUGGAACAUCAGUAUAAUAAAUGAUGGAAAAAAGCCUUCCCUAAAAAUUCAUCUUUUCCAUAAGAGGGAAGGAAUGAGUGCCUGAUAUUGUUAAAUACCUCUCUUCCUACCUCAGGCCUUUGCAAAUUGAUGUUCAGUGGGUCACAGGGGUCUGAAUAGGAGGGGGAGGGAUAUCUUGAAAAUUUCCAUCUCUCCUUUCAAACCCAAAAUCAGAAUGAUUCUUGCUGUUUGUCAGAUUUGCUGAAAUUGCUCCUCACAAAGAACAUUUUUUUUGUAUGUGUAAUUGUACAUAAAGGUUUUGUACUUUAAUGUACUAUGGUUCUGAUUUUCAUAGCGAUUAAACCUAGAUA